CUCCGGGAAGGGCUCGGCAGGGAGGGCGCCGAGUGAUCUGCCUUCCCAGGCAGCGAGGUUCUGAUUGGCAAGAUGGUGCCCCACUCUUGGCGCGCGCUCUUCCUUCUCCUGCUGCUCCUCGCCUGCCCUGCGUCGCGGGCUUCCCAGAACUGUCUCAGCAAACAGCAGCUCCUCUCGGCCAUCCGCCAGCUGCAGCAGCUGCUGAAGGGCCAGGAGACCCGCUUCGCGGAGGGCAUCCGCCACAUGAAGAGCCGACUGGCCGCGCUGCAGAACUCUGUGAGCAGGGUGGCCUCGGACGCGCCCCCAGUUUCCUGCCCGGCGCUGAGCGCCCCAACUGACGGCAGGAAGUUUGGAAGCAAGUACUUGGUCGACCAUGAAGUGCAUUUUACCUGCAACCCCGGCUUCCGGCUGGUGGGGCCCAGCAGCGUGGUGUGCCUUCCCAAUGGCACCUGGACAGGGGAGCAGCCCCGCUGCAGAGGUACCAGCGAAUGCUCCAGUCAGCCUUGUCAAAACGGCGGAACCUGCAUCGAAGGCGUCGGCCAGCACAGGUGCAUCUGUCCCCCAGGGAGGACUGGGAGUCGCUGUCAGCAUCAGGCUCAGACUGCGGCCCAAGAGGACGAGGACGAGGGCGACGUGGCCGGCGACCCUGCCUUCAGCCGCGCGCCCCGCUGUGCGCAGGUGGAGCGGGCGCAGCACUGCAGCUGCGAGGCCGGAUUCCACCUGAGCGCCGCGGCCGGCCGCAGCGUCUGCCAGGAUGUGAACGAGUGUGAACUCUAUGGGCAGGAGGGGCGGCCCCGGCUCUGCAUGCAUGCCUGCGUGAACACCCCGGGCUCCUACCGCUGCACCUGUCCCAGUGGAUACCACACCCUGACUGACGGGAAGACCUGUGAGGAUGUUGAUGAGUGUGCAAGUCCACAGCCCGUGUGCCCGCAGGGGACCACAUGCAUCAACACUGGGGGAGGCUUCCAGUGCGUCAGCCCUGAGUGCCCCGAAGGCAGCCACAAUGUGAGCUACGUGAAGACUUCUCCCUUCCAGUGUGAGCGAAACCCCUGCCCCAUGGAGAGCAGGCCCUGCCGCAGCAUGCCCAAGACCAUCUCCUUCCAUUACCUCUCUCUGCCCUCCAACCUGAAGACGCCCAUCACGCUCUUCCGCAUGGCCACAGCCUCGGCCCCAGGCCGACCUGGGCCCAACAGCCUGCGGUUUGGGAUCGUGGGUGGAAACAGCCGUGGCCACUUUGUGAUGCAGCGCUCUGACCGACAGACGGGGGAGCUGAUCCUCGUCCAGACCCUGGAGGGGCCGCAGACGCUGGAGGUGGACGUUGACAUGUCAGAAUACCUGGACCGCUCCUUCCAGGCCAACCAUGUGUCCAAGGUCACCAUCUUUGUGUCCCCCUAUGACUUCUAAGGGUUGCCUGGGGGUGGGGAGCGGGGGUGGAGAUAUGGGCUGAUUCCUCUACCCCAAGGACUCAACUGUGGACACUGACUGUGACAGAUGUCUCUCCCCUCUGCCUUGCCCCUUCCCUGUCACCCAGGCUCAGGAGGGUGAGCACAAAACUCAAACUGCCACGUCCCAUUUUUGUCUUGCUUUAAGGCUCUUCCCUUAGAUGAUGCAGUUUCUCAGAUCUGUCUUGUUUUGUUUUUCAUUUUUUUUUUUUUAAGAGGCUGGGCAGCUUUUCAAAAUGCUGCAUGAAUGGCAUUGAGUUUGUACCAUCUGGGGAGGGGACGCUCAUGGCGUGUGUCCCAGAUGGUGGCCAACCAUUCUGCAUUAUUACAGACCUUGCUAGGAACAAAGUGCGUCUACCCUGUGCACUUGGCGGAGGUAGUGUCCUCCCACCCCAGCCUUAUGGUGUCCCUCUCCCUUCUGUGGCACGCCUGCCAGCCUUUGUACCCGAGAGCCAUGGGAGGGCCUGGACCUUGAUCCUUCCAGACCAAGGAACCGAUGUUAAAGCUGGAUUCUGCCUGAUUACUUUCCCUUUUGAGAAAUCACAUCUCAAAAACACUGCCUGGUGUCAGAGCUGAGGAAAUAAAAUCUACCGCUCCUCCUCCCUGC